CAACGAGCCAAUGAAAACUCGGCAAUGGUCGCGCGCAUGCGCACUGCCUCCAAAUCACCAGCUGUUUUGUCCAAGUCCAGCUCCUUUAUUCAUCAUCCCCGUAGAGCUGGUGAAUGAGUCGGAGUUCGAGGAAGUGACGUGCCCGUGUUCGAAUUUCCCGUGCUCGUUGUGAAGAGCAAGUGCGCGAAAAGCCGUCAGUGUGCAAGCCCAGCUCCGAUUUAUUUUGGUUUGGUGUUUAAUGGCGUCGUAGACGACAACGUCGUCAAUUGCGUUGAAUUUCCGUGGACAAUCCUGUGAUUGUGAGAAAAUGGCAACGACGAAGGCCACCAGCAGCGCCCUGCGAGCCCUCGCCGUCGAGUACAAGAGCCUCCAGGAGGAGCCCGUGGAGGGCUUCUGCGUCAAACUUGUCAACGAAGACAAUCUUUUCGAAUGGGAAGUGGCUAUUUUCGGGCCACCUGACACCCUCUACAUGGGAGGAUGUUUCAAGGCCCGAAUGAAAUUUCCACCGGAUUAUCCUUACUCACCGCCGUCAAUUAGAUUUUUAACAAAAGUGUGGCAUCCCAACGUAUACGAAAACGGGGAUUUAUGUAUCAGUAUUUUGCAUCCGCCAGUAGACGACCCCCAGUCUGGAGAACUGCCAUGUGAGCGCUGGAACCCCACGCAAAGUGUGCGUACAAUUUUACUAAGUGUGAUAUCACUCUUGAAUGAACCUAACACAUUCAGUCCCGCAAAUGUGGACGCUUCUGUUAUGUACCGACGUUGGAGGGACUCAAAGGGCAGGGAUAAGGAAUACGAGAAUAUUAUUAGGUUUGUAGGAUUUAAUUUUUUGGCGUGGGGGAAACGUUUUUUCUGUAGAAAGCAGGCGAUGGCGGCCAGGGCAGAGGCCGAACGCGACGGCAUCCAGGUGCCUCUAACUCUGGAAGAUUACUGCAUUAAAACGCAGAUUAAGCCAAACACAUCCGAUUCUCAGGUGGAAAUGACGGACUUCUAUGACGACGACUACGACGAAGACUAUGACGACCCCUCGGACGGCUCCGAGUACGCCGACGAAGACGACAAUGACAGCGGCAACGGGGAGUCGUGAUCGAGCUAAGCGUUUCGGUUCUCAUUAUUUGUACAUUUUUAGUUUAAUUUACUCUCUAAUUUUACACGCAUAUUUUUGUAGAUUGAAAAUAGAAAGUGUUUUUAAGAAUUACCUACAACUCAUUUAACGUAAAUGUGGUCAUCCUAGAUACUUUAUGUACUAUGGAAUAACGUGUUUCGUUUGUCAUAUAGUCGAUAUGAUUCAUUUGGAGUGUUGCAACAAAAAAUAUCUUGGGUGAGCUGUCAGCAAGACUGUUAAAGUACUAUGGUUGCAGUUUUUUAUUACGAUCUCAGUUUAACCACCGGUCCUUGUAUCAACUGUGUACAUAAUGAACUUACCGUAUAUUUGUCUUUGAGUAUUUUACUGUUUUGAUAAAUAAAAGUGCAACUAGUGUAA